AAACGUGGUACGACUGUAUGCAACUGAACUUACAGAUUAACCUCGUAGGCAGUAAUUUUAUAUACAUAUUCGAAUAAACAUGGCUUUAAAAUUAGUUACAAGAAGAUUUUCGCAGCUACACCAAACAAUCUCAUCUAGAAAUUUCAAUACUACAGCAUGUUUGAAACAUGGUGAUUACGAAUGGCAAGACCCAAAAUCAGAAAAUGAAAUUGUAAAUAUAACAUUUCUUCUCAAAACCGGAGAGAGAAUUCCUGUCAAAGGCAAAAUAGGAGAUAAUGUUUUAUAUCUUGCACACAGGUACCAAAUACCAAUGGAAGGUGCCUGUGAAGCUUCUUUAGCUUGCACCACAUGCCAUGUUUAUGUUCACAAUGAUUUCACAGAUAAACUAUCUCCUCCAGAAGAAAAAGAAGAUGAUCUCUUAGACAUGGCUCCAUAUUUGAAAGAAAACUCAAGAUUAGGUUGUCAAAUUAUAUUGAGGAAAGAAUUGGAAGGCUUGGAAGUGCAAUUGCCCAUGGCAACAAGGAACUUUUAUGUUGAUGGACAUACUCCAAAGCCACAUUAGGAUCUAAACAAUGUUUUAAUUGUUAUUCAGAUGCAAUUAUUGUUGAUAUCAUAGAGAUUUUAGUGAGAGAAACCAUUAUGUGUUAAAUAAAACUUAUUUUUUGCAA